AUGUUAUUUUUAUACAGUAGACACAUAAUAAUAAUAAUGUUUUCUGUGUCACAUUUGGCAUGCCCAUGUUAUAAGGAAGUUACCAUAGGCAGUGGCAGAAGUAUGAUGUGGCUAGGUGACGUGAGUGAGGCGUUUGUGUGCAUGUGUACAAGUCUAGCAAGCUGGUCUGAUUGUUGUAGUAACUCUGGGGUGCUUCAAAAGGGCGCAUAUAUAUAUGCAGAGAAUAUAUAUGUUCUAUAGAGGACGUGGGGAUAAAAAAAGAAAUGGGUGUUUGUUGUUAUUGGUGUUUAUAGUAAUAUUGGGGGUAUGCAUUUGUUUCUGUUUGUAAAGGGUGUGUGUGAGAGAGAGAGAGAAAGAAAGAUUUCUUUUAACUGUUGUGUGAUUUCAUGCCACCUUGAAUUCCUUUUUUGGAAAAUAAGAUGGAAUGUAAGCACUAAAAUAAACACAAUUUUUAAAACCCUGUUUCAGUACCUGCCUUUGCAGAUGUGAAUUAGGCUAUCUUUGCCUCCUUGUGCCAGGAGUCUUUCCCCCUGCAGAACUGUUCACUUCGGUAUCACUGGGAAUUGGUGCUUUCCCCUUCUUAAUGGUGGCCUUCUUGGAUCACGAUUUAGGCCAGCAUCCUGUACAUCCUUUUCAAAAGGUCUAUGUUUAGACUAUAUUCCAGUUUUGUAAAUCAUUCCACAAAAAAUAGGUAAAGGUAAAGGGACCCCUGACCAUUAGGUCCAGUCGUGACUGAAGUUAGUAAGAGGCAAGUGGCCUGUAAUUUCAUGCUAGCCAUAGACAAAGAUUAGUCACCUCCACUGCAGCCAGUGUGAAAAUGCAAGCUAGUAAGGAAAAGGGAAAGUGCCUUCUAACUAUGCCUUUUCUUUUUUAUUAUGUAUUUUGUGUUUUUUAUCUUGUGUUUUUAUGUUCUGAACUGCCCUGAGAUCUAUGGAUAAAGAGCAGUAUCAAAAUUUAGUACUGUAAAUAAACAAGGAAGAGGCUAGUUUGGUAAAUGUGGGGAGGAGUGACUCACCCAUCUCCCAGUCUACUCAAUUACUUUCCUGAAUCUCACCUAUGUGACUACCUGCUUGGCUAUAUGCCUACCUGGCCAUGGACAGAGGCAAUGAGAUCCAGGUGCUCCAGCGCUGCUUGGCUGAGGCAGGACAGAGCCAUCUGCUUCGGUUCUGGGAGGAACUGGAUGUGUCGGAGCAGCAAGAGCUGUAUAGAGACUUGAAGGACAUGAAUCUGGGAGAGCUGGGCCAAGCUUUCCAGAAAGCCAUGAAGGAAAGCAGGCAUUUGCCAGGACAGGAGAAAGUGGAUGCCAAAAUGGAACCUGUGCCGCAUGAAGUGCUAGGGAGCGCAACUCGGGACCAAGCCCAGCUGUCAGCCUGGGAGCAGGAAGGUCUCCGACAGAUUUCCCAAAGCAAAGUUGCUGUUCUUCUUCUAGCUGGGGGGCAAGGAACAAGGCUGGGGGUCUCAUACCCCAAGGGAAUGUAUGAUGUAGGCCUGCCAUCCCACAAAACUCUCUUCCAGAUCCAAGCAGAGCGCAUCCUGAAACUGCAGCAGCUGGCUGAAAGACAACAUGGCCUGAUGUGUGUUAUUCCAUGGUACAUCAUGACAAGUGGUAGGACAAUGGAGUUGACGAAAGAAUUUUUCCUGAAGCACAAAUACUUUGGCUUAAAGAAAGAGAAUGUCAUCUUCUUCCAGCAAGGAAUGCUGCCUGCUAUGGACUUUGAUGGGAAAAUUCUCCUAGAAGAGAAAGGCAAAGUUUCUAUGGCACCAGAUGGCAACGGUGGCCUGUACCGAGCUCUGGGAGCCCAUCAUAUUGUGGAGGACAUGGAAAAGCGAGGCAUUGGCAGCAUCCAUGUCUAUUGUGUGGACAAUAUUUUAGUCAAAGUGGCUGACCCUCGCUUCAUUGGGUUCUGUGUACAGAAGGGAGCCGACUGUGGAGCAAAGGUUGUUGAAAAGACCAAUCCCACGGAGCCAGUUGGUGUGGUGUGCCGAGUGGAUGGUGUUUACCAGGUGGUGGAGUACAGUGAGAUCUCUCUGGCCACAGCGCAGAAAAGGAGUCCUGAUGGCCGGCUGCUAUUUAAUGCUGGGAACAUAGCCAACCACUACUUCACCAUUGAGUUUCUGAAAGACAUUGUCAAUCUUUACGAGCCUCUGCUACAGCACCACGUAGCCCAAAAGAAGAUCCCGUGUAUAGAUGUAGCCACUGGGAAGCCUCUGAAGCCAGACAAACCAAAUGGGAUUAAGAUGGAGAAGUUCGUAUUUGACAUCUUCCAGUUUGCCAAAAAAUUUGUGGUUUACGAAGUGCUGAGAGAAGACGAGUUCUCUCCUCUGAAGAACGCAGACAGCCAGAAUGGGAAAGACAGCCCCACCACUGCGCGGCACUCUCUGAUGUCCCUGCAUCACUGUUGGGUUCUCAAUGCUGGGGGGCACUUUGUGGAUGAAAAUGGAACACGCCUUUCUGCAAUUCCCCGUUGCACUAAUGGAAGGUCUGAUGCGAUCCAGGCGGAUGUCAGUCACAAUCUGAAGGAUGCCAAUGAUUUUCCAAUUCAGUGUGAGAUUUCUCCUCUCGUUUCCUACGGGGGUGAAGGCCUGGAGGAAUUCGUGAAGGACAAAGAAUUCCAUGCCCCUUUGAUUAUCCAUGAGUUGGUGAAGAAUGGAUUGUGAGAUCGCCCUGUUCACCUUUCUGGUCUAGAAUUUGUUGUGAUCCUCGGUUGUCAGACUGUGAAUAUUCAAAUUAAAGUUUCAGUAUCACCCUGUGGGUUUUUCACUUAAAUUGAAUUCCCUCAAAAUCCAGGAUUUGGCUGCAGUAAGAAUGGAUGUAGUCCUUUUCACACUUUUUAUCUUGAGAGUAGUUAUUUAUAUAACUUUUAAUUUAAGGGUAGAUAACACUUAAAAUAGCAAGGAUGCUACGUUUCAUUCUACAGUACUUCAAGGUAUUUUGUAUCAAAUCCUAUGGUAUACCUGCAAAAAGGCUUUAUGGUACGGAGUUUGAGUUGGAGAAAUUUUAUUUUUCUCAAAUAUAUGUGACUUUUUUAAAAAAGUGAUGUGAUUUUAUGGCUGCCCAUAUUGUGCUUUUAUUAACAGUUGUAUCUUGCAAAGGUUGCACAGUUGAAAGAAUGCGGAAGGAGUGAAACUGGAUUAAAUUCUCUCCCCCCUUAAGGCUGUGUUUCCUCAAACUCCUUGAACCUGCUUCUGAAUUUCCACUCUUUGUGUGGGGCGGGGCCUGACCCUGUACCCCCACGUGUUUCACAUGAAAUUGUAUAAAUGAUUCUUGCAUGCAGUUUUGUGCAUAGAGCGCCCUGCCUUUUGUGAAGGUAUGUGUACUGGGGUAUUAAUGCCAAAUACCACCAGUUAGAUGAGGGAUAGAACAGGAUUCCUCGAUCGUUCUCCUAAAAUCAUGCACAAGGAAAAGGAAUCUCCAUAAGAAAGCAGCUACUCUUUCUGAGCUCUCUUCUUCCCAGAUUGCUCUAGCAUAAUGGGGUAAUGCGGACGCAAUAGGGGAUUAUGAGGACACUCUGUCAAGGAGCAUUCAGUCCACCCAGAGCUUUGGGGAAGGAGCCAAACAAAGCCUUUGUGUGCCUCUCCAGAUGCCUGCUGUCCCAGUUUGAUAACCAAAUGAAUGUGUCUCAUCCCCCCCCCCCCGAAUUAUUUUUAUUAAUACAAUUGCUUAAAAUCAGGUUUCCUGCUCCUGUUCCAAACAUGAUCAUCAUUUCCUCACACUGCCACAUCAUUUUGUAUUUGACAUCAUUCACUUGCUGUUAAACCAUUCUUCCAGCUGCCCACUUUUUUCACCUUACAAACAGAACCUCUGUUACAUCUUAUAAAUAAAUAUUCUAUUUCACGUGUUGUUCCAGACCUGGUGUGCUGGGAGAGUUAAUUACUAUCUCCCAUUGUUCAGUCUUUGGAGUGUUUAUCGGGGUGGUACAAGGUCUCAUUCCUUUCCUUUCACUGUUUAUGGACUAGCAUACCAGCUGUCGGCAUAAAUAACUCACAGAAUGCAUACCCAAACUCCACCAUUAAAAUUCCAUUCUGGAGUUAUUCCUCGGCACACAAUUAAAAACAAGAUUUUUUCCUCAAAUUCAGCCUCUUUGCCAGAUCUGUUCAGCAACAGUUCAUUCUUUUUUCAUUGCAUUUCUCCAAUAGCAGCCCAGUAAAUUUUUUAAAUAAAGUCCAUUCAGCCUCGGUCGAGGGGGGAGGGGAUAGUAAAACCUUGUUGAAUUACUUGUUGAGCAUAAAUCAAAAGCCCCCCCCUUCUUUUCCGAAGUAACACAAGCAGAAUAGCACAGCAGCGGCUACACAUGUCCUUUUCAUUAUGCAGGGGUGGACAGGGGGGAAAAGACCAUUUGAAAACCAGAAGAAAGCACAAAGCACCUUGUCCUGCCCUUUCCUUUUCUGGCUGUUCUCAAGCUUCAAAGAAAACAUUCAGAUACCUUCAAAGAACCAAGCCCAGUCCUUUAGGGAGCUGACUGGUUGCAGCCCGUUAGCAUAUGUCAGUCCAGGAGCGCCUCUUGAUUAAUGUCAAUUGUCCGAAUUAUGGAGGAACCAACCACAAAUUAUGCCGGAGAUGGAGGCUCGUUCAUGGCAGGGACACCCUUCCAGGUCGUACCCGCUGUGCAUUUCAAGUUGGCAGACAUGGGCUUGCAGACAGCGGGAUGCAGUGAGCUCCUC